GCGCCUGAAGUGAAGCAGGUCGUGACCACGACCGACAGCUGGCGUCGCGUCCCGCUCGGAGUAAUCGACCACAAUUCCGUCGUGUCGGCGCAAACUAAAACAGAGACAGCUCCGGACGAGGCAGUUCUUCAUGUCGUGCAACCUGCUGCUCCUAAAACUUUAACGACGUCGCCAGAACUUUUGUUGCACCCGAAGAAAACCUCCAAUACGUCGAAUACCAGCGAAAGGAGGACCAGCAAAAUGAGCAGGAAAGAAGAUGUAGCUCCUGCGAGGACCUCCCGCCCUGCGAUGAAAACAGGAUCUUCCCAGGAACUCCGGCGAACGACCGUCGUUCCAAAUUUUUCCGCUUCUGAGAAUGAAGUGAAGCACCAAGGUCAUCUACAUCUUGUUCAAGAUAACUCGGCCACCUCGUCGCUGAGGCAGCCCUUCUUGAAAAACAGCAGAAAGUCGGACGGUUUGAAAAACAAAGAAAAUCUAAAUCAUGACAUCCUCGUUGAACAAGACCAAGACGACCAGAUCGAAUGUGUGUUGAACAACAACAAAAACCGCUGGGCAGCAUCGACAACGAAAACGUCCCCCC